AUGCCUCGAUCACCAUCGCCCUCUGCCAGCGCAGACCGUCGCAGUCGUCGAAGUCAUCAUGGCCAUUCGCACUCCCAUCGCCACCGACACCGCUCGCGUUCGCGCUCUCCGCACCGCUCCGACAGACACAGAUCAGACCGCCAUCACCGUCGGCACGACCGGCACCGGGACGGGGAUCGGCAUGGCAGAGAACUCCCGGCUCAGCCUGUUGUACUCCCCUUCCAGGCGCAGGAACUGUCGAGACGCGAUCUGGAGGCAUACGAGCCCAUGUUUGCGAUGUACUUGGAUAUCCAGAAGGGGCUGUUCAUUGAAGAUUUGAACGAGGAAGAGGUCAAAGGGAGAUGGAAGAGCUUUGUGCGCAAAUGGAACCGUGGAGAACUUGCUGAGGGAUGGUACGAUCCAUCCACGCUCCACAAGGCGCGUGACAAUGCAGCUCAAGAGCAACUGGCUGGCCCCAUCCGGGGACGAGAAUCGCCGGAUUAUACACAGGGCAGACAGUUCGCCAGCGAGGACGCACGGGGAUCGCCACCCGGAGAUGAAGAUGAGGACGACGAGUAUGGGCCGACUUUACCACAUCCAGUCUUGACGAGAGGAGCGCCUCACUCUGGCCCGACGAUUCCGAACUUGCAAGACCUCGAACUCAAACGAGGUAAGUCAAAGCUAUUGGAAUCUAUCCACCCUCGACCUACCGCUUAUAUUCCUACAGAAUCGGCCAUCGAAGACGCAAUUGCUGCACGCGAGGACGCGCAGCAGGAGCGCCGCUCCGAACUCCGUUCGCACAAGGCCGAGAUGCGCCACCUGGAAGACGAAAUCUCGCCGCGCGCCGAACCGGGCACGCGGGAGAGACAGCUCGAAAAGCGCCGGGAGGCGGCUGCUGCGAAUCGCAGCUUUGCGGAGUCCCGACGGGGUGGCUCGCCUACUGACGCGGCCCCCGAAGAAGAGUUGAUGGGUGCAGGGGAUGACCUAUCGGCGUUCAAGAAGGAGAAGGAGCGGGAUCAGCGCAAAAAGAAUGAGCGCGAGAUCCGGCGAGAGGAGAUUCUUCGGGCCCGCGCUGCAGAACGCGAGGAACGAGUCCGGAAUUAUCGACAGAAGGAGGAUGAAACGAUCGGUUGGCUGCAGGCUCUAGCGAAGCAGCGGUUCGGCUGA